CACUCAAAUACCUUCAAAACUCUCAUAUCCUUAGCUAUCAUGACUGCUCAACAUGUGGCCUCCCUACGAUUGGCUCAAGCCGCCAUUUACAAUGGCAAAGGGUUUGAGGACGCAGCAGGAUAUGCUCGUUAUCUGCUCCAAUUCCAGGAUCGCCCUCUGCACUCUUCCAUCACCCUUGAUCCAUCUAGAUUCAACAGAUAUGGGAUGGAUAUUCCACGUCUGAUUAAUUCUCUUGGCUGGAGUGACAUCCUUCCUAAUCGAAACUUUGGGUUUCGUCCUGAGGCUGUUAGGAUGUUCUAUGCAAACAUGAAGCCUUGCCUUCAUAUCUCUUCCCCCUGUUUCACAAUGAUAGUGUAUAAUUUCUUAAUCACUAUCAAAUUGUUGUCCCUUUUGCUUGGGAUUCCCAUUACUGGAGCAGAAGUCAUGAAUGAGUCGGAUUUCCACUCUGCUGAAUUCAAUGAGGGAGAUGCUCUGCGUCUGUAUACCCGCGACACUGGUCGCUACUAUCCCUCAGAAUUUCACUCUGGCAGACUUCCUGAUGAUCUCAAGGUGCUACAUUUCUAUAUUUCUCGACUCUUUCUGCCUAGAUCUUUCGGGCUCAAUAAUAUCUAUCCCUCAGAUCUAUGGAUCCUUGCUAGUGCCAAGGAGAAUCGUGUUAUCAGUUAUCCUCAUCUAAUGUUCGAUCAUAUGCUGAACUAUCAUGCCGACAAUUAUGAUGCGGAGUUGCCCUUUGCUCCGCAAAUUACUCAGAUCCUGCUAGCCUUAGGCAUAGACUUACAUUUCAAGGUGGCUCGUGUGGAUGUUCUUAGCUCCCUUCGAGCUCAGUUCAUUCUCCGUAAGGUGGAUGCAUCUGUAAGCCGUCGUCGCCCUCUGGUCAAUGCUCCAGGGGGAGGAACAGCUGCUACUGGAGUUCAUCAUGAGGAUGGACUCAGCUUGUCAGAUCUAGGUGGAGAUGAAGCUGAGGAAGAACCUGUUAUGGCAGAUAUGCUCGGAGCUGUCAGGGAUAAGGGCAAGCGACCUCUGGAGGACCCGUUGGAAGCAAUCCAAGCCAUGUUCAGACAGGAGGAAGCAAGCUGCAGCAGGAGGAAUCUGAUGAUGGAGGAUGAAGGUGGCAUAUCAGAUUAUGUGUCCUCUCCUGAGUUUCUAUUUUAGGGGGAGUUGAGGCUAAUCUUAGGGGGAGUUAGGAACUGGUUUGAGUUAAGGUUUAGGUUGGUAGUCUUGACCUUAGAGUCGGCAGUAUCAAUGUUGAAUAAAGCUCUAUCAGAGCUCAUGUCAGUCUGUAUGUUGAGUCUAUGUCUGAUUGUUUGAGUUUAUGUCUAAUUGUCUUAAGUGUCAGCUCUCAGAGUUUAAUAAAAUGUCAACUGUUAC